AUGUCAGGACAUGGUAAAGUGUCAUCUGUUGGUGGUAAAGGUGACCGGUCAGCAGGUGGGGGUGCUGGAGGAAGGAUUGCCAUCCAUACCUGGGAUUCAAACCUCUACAAGGGGGAGUUGCUGGCCUAUGGUUCAGGUGGUACCACUGAUGGUGAUGUAGGGGGGCCUGGCACAGUCUUUGUAGAAGAUAAGCUGGAUGCUUACACAUACCAGAGCAGGCUAUACAUAGAUGGACGAAACUUGAAGGUACCUAAACCCCUGGUGAUAAAUGAAAUAAACCCCAGACAUAUUAAACAGGCAGCCGAUGGUUUACAAACGUCAAACAAUGCUCAACUUGACUUUGAGCAUGUUAUGCUCAGUCAACGUGCCAUGUUAGAAAUAGGUCCAGGAAAAGAUAAUAUCACUACUGUGAACAUUGACCUAAUGAUGGGAGAUAGGACAGGAUAUUUACACAUGAAAGGUGGACAAACAUCAUACCUGGAAUAUUCUCAAUACUCUAUUCUACGAUCAACACCACCAGUUAACUUCCAAAUAGAUCAAGGGUCACAGAUCUGGUUGUCUUCAGAUUUCAAGGUCAUUGGAAAUCAUGUUCCUGCCUUCCAGCUUGAUGGUUUGUUAAUUGGUGUUUUAAAUCUAACUCUAGAAGAGGACCGGAAAAUGUACAUUUCUGACUCGGCAUCGAAUGGAAGAAUUAUCAACGGGAAGCUAGAAACAUUUGAAAAUGGAGUCCUAGGCAUAGGAAGACUUGCAAUGCAAGCAGACUCACUUAUCAGACAUGAUGACUAUUUCAACUUUGAGGCUUCAGAUAUUCACAUGAGGUACAAUUCUAAAAUCCUCGCAAAGAGAAUAACUGUUAUAGCAGGCAAUAUUCAUAUGGAAGGAGAGGCCACCUUUGAUACUACAGGACGUGGAGGAGAAGGAACUGUAGAAAAUACACAAGGAGGUGAAAUCAAUGUGAAGUAUGCGGCCGAUCUAACUACUGUAGUUAGCAGUGUGGGUCUAGGUGCUGGUCAUGGCGGUUAUGGUGGUGGGGCUGAUCAUGAUAAUUACAACUCUGGUAAACCAUAUGGGUCUUACAGUAAGCCACAUCACACCGGAAGCAGAGGUGGUGGGUUUAAGCCUGGCAUGGGAGGAAGUCGCAUUGAUGUUAAAGUAUCUAAAGGUUUCCAUCUAGACGGGAAUGUUGUAAACCUUGGUGGAGCAGCAACUGGCUUGAACAGUGGAGGUGGAAGUGGUGGUAGUGUGCUUGUUGUCACACAAAACUUCUCAGGGCAUGGUCUCAUCGAUGUAACAGGAGGUAGUGGGUUUGGAACAGGAUAUGGGGGUGCUGGAGGAAGGGUAGCUGUACAUGUUAAAUGGUUCAGGGAGUACACAGGAGAUUUAAUAGCCUAUGGUGGUUAUGCUGGGAGUGAUGUUGACAAAACAGAUGAAACAAGACAUGGGGCUGCUGGAACAGUAUAUACCACUGACUCUAAUGAUGUUGGACUUGAUAAAAAGGAAGUGACCAAAGUAAAUGGUACUGAAACAUUCCUUGAUGGUUACACUUACCUUUUGAUAGAUAACAGUAAUAGAAACAAGAUUCUAGGAACCAUGGUGAUGAUGGAUGAAGGACAAAAACCAUACAAGUUUGAAUUUAAUGAAGUUGAUGCUGUAAAUCAUGCAGUAUUAUGGAUUGAUGGCGAUGAUUCAGAACUAACAGUUCACAAGUUUAAUGGAGAUAGAACUGGUUUAAUGCAUCUAAUUGGACAUCAGAAAGUUUACUCGGAAUACGAGGAGUCUACACCUGGUUACACAGUUGCCCCAGUGAGCUACAAGAUUGAAAAAGAUGCAGAGAUAAUAUUACCAUCAACUACAAUUAUUCUAGGAACACGGUCAGACAUGAAUGGUCUCAUGACUAUGGUACAAAAUCUCACAAUUGCUGAAGGGGCAAAUUGUAAGUUCACUUCUACCUCCAGAACUGCUCUUAUUGAAGCAGGCAAAUAUGUUCAUGAGACAAAACCAGGAAACAUAAGUCUGAGUCAUCUUACAAUACAGCGAGGCUCAGAAGUGACUUUCACAGAGAAUCCUGGACUUAAUCUUGUUCUUAAUCUCAUUAAACUUAGCAUUAAGUAUGAGGGACUAAUGUGGAUGAAUAAGGGUACUAUCUUUUCAGCAAAUGGUGUAGUCGAAAGUCUUGGCUUGCUAAACAUAGAUUUUCAGGGUCAUAGUGCAGCGAAUGGCAUUGGAGCUGGGGGUAGUAGUGGUAGCAAUGGUCAUGGUGGGGCUCAUGGAGGUCAUGGUGGUGCCCCAGAACCUGUUAAUCCUGAAAUGGUAAAGGAAAAGCCACAUGAUUCAGUUUACAGACCAACUCAUCCUGGAAGUGGAGGAGGUAAUGGUAAUGGAGAAGGUGGAAGAGGUGGUGGUUAUCUUAGAUGGGAAAUUGGAGAAACGCUUUGGAUUGAUGGAGAAAUUUCACUUGAAGGGGAAGCUGGUAAAAGUGGUAAUGGUGGAGGAGGAAGUGGUGGUGGGAUAUUUAUAGAAACUAUGAACUUCACUGGAUUCGGUCAUGUAGACUGUCAUGGAGGUGCAGGAAAGGGAAAUGGUGGUGGUGGAUCUGGUGGGAGGAUUGCUGUGCAUAUUAAUUUCUCAAAUCGUUUUAUUGGCAGGCUGAAUGUGGUUGGAGGACGAGGAAGUGGAAGUUUACCAUCUGGGGCAGCUGGCACAGUAUAUCUACAAGAAAAUGCUAGAGGACUACAAUAUGAAGAUAUUAAGUAUGAUAAUGUUACUGGAAAGGAAAUCAUUACAGCGGAACAUGGUAGGUUGGAAAUAAAUAAUGAUGAUUUGGACAGUCAUCUGUAUGUAGACCACAAAGAACCAUGGCUGUACACAGUGCUGUUUGAAGAAGCAGAUAAAGAAUAUGAAUUUGAUGAAGCAAUGCUUGAAGGUCAUUCUAACCUCUUGAUUGAGUAUCCAAUUGGUACAAAUGAAAGAGACCGUUAUGCAGUUGAAGUUUGGAUACAUCUUUUCCAUGGUGACAGAACUGGAGUGGUGAGAAUAAGGGAAGGGCAAAGGUUAUAUGUAGAGAUUGUUGAAUCAGUUUCUAACGAAACAAUAGCACCAUGUAGCUUUAGAAUUGAUAAUGGUUCCGAAAUUUUUCUGCCUACCACAACUAAUCUUCUUGGAAGUAGAACUGUUAUGGCAGGUAAAAUAACAGGUGUUGAGGAUAUGAUGAUCCGAGGCGGCUCAAGCUUGUUUAUGGCAACAGGCCAAACAGCUCGUAUGGAAAACAGAGAAUAUGUAAUGGAGACUGAACAUGGAAACUUCACAUUUGGAAUACUAAGAGUAAUGGCUGGAGCAGUAGCUAGGUUUAGAGACAUAAAAAAAGUUUGUGUAAUAAAUGUGGCAGAAUUCUAUGUGAAAUACCAAGCACUGCUUUACAUGAACUUUGUAAAGGUUAUUUCUGCAUACGGGCACAUUGAAAGCAAAGGUGAACUAAAUAUGUUUGGUGUUGGAUAUACACCAGAAACUGGUCCUGGUGCAGGUUUCACACUAUCAGAUGGGACAGGUCUAGGUGCUGGGCAUGGAGGCUACGGUGGGGGUCCAGACCCCAAUUUUGGUGGAUACCCGUACAACUCCCACAAAACACCUCUUGAAGCAGGAAGUGGCGGAGGCAAUGGGGGUGGUGUUGGGGGAUCAGGAGGAGGAUAUUUAGAAUGGGAUGCUGGUGACUUGAUAGAAAUCAAUGGAUAUUUGACUGUGGCAGGUUCUAAUGGAGUUGGUGGGAAUGCUGGUGGUGGUAGUGGUGGGAGCAUUUUAAUGUAUGCAACAAAUAUAACAGGACAUGGGAUAAUGGCGGUUAAUGGAGGAAAUGGUAUAGGGAAAGGUGGUGGAGGUUCAGGUGGAAGAAUAUCAAUCAGAUGUGAAAUGCGUUACUCCUAUGGUGGUCAGUAUCUUAAUUACGGGGGAGAUGGUUCUGGAAGUUACAGAAGUAAACAUGCUGGUGCCUCAGGUACUACUUACAAAGAAGAGAACUUGAGAGAACUUGAAUAUCGUCAUAAGAAGUAUGACCCAGUGCACAAUACCACUUUUCUUGAUGUAGACCACAAAAUGAUUCAUUCUGAUAAUCGUCUGAAGUACAGCCCUGCCCCUACAUUAAUACAGGACCCUCCAAUGAAAUGCUAUGAGUUUGAUGAAAUGGAAAUCACAGGUUCGACAGUCACAUGGAUAUACAAUUGCUCAAUACCAGUUCCAACCGGAUCUACUUUCACCUGGAUAGAAUAUUGCUCAGGUGAUGUUCCAAGUGUAAAUGAGUCUUUAUACAACUGCUCUAAUACAUACUUUGUAGAACUUGUAGCUCAUAAAUUCAUAGGAGACAAAACUGGUACUCUACACGUUAGGGAAUAUCAAAGAGCAUGGGUAGAAUACAUUGAAUCUAUCUCCAACAUUACAGAGGCUCCUGUAAGUUACAUUAUUUAUGAUAAUUCAGAAAUUGUUUUUCCAUCUGAAGUACAUAUUCAUGGAACAAAUAGCACAUUUGCUGGUCUUAUAACUGGAGUGCAUAGUUUAUAUAUUGAAGAUGCUGCAAGAGCUGAAUUCAAAAGUACAGGAAACACAUCAUUCCUUGAAAAUGGAGAACAUUUCAGAGCUACAAAUCCUAGUCAUUUUGCAUGGGAUCAACUACACAUUAAAAGAAAUGGAUAUGCUGGAUUUUUAGAUAUUGAAGAGUUCAGUUUAGAAAUUAGUGAAAUCAAGGUCAAAUAUCAAGGAAAUCUAUACAUGAAUGCUGCAAAAAUUAAUAGCACUUACUCAUGGAUUGAAAGUGAAGGUGUAUUCCAUCUAAAUGGACAUGGGUCAGCUGCAGAGGCAGGGUUUGGUGGUGGUUUUACCAGGUCUGGUGUAGGAUAUGGUGGUGCUCAUGGCGGUUACGGUGGUGGACCUGAUCCUACAAUUGCACCUCAUCCAUAUGGCAGCAUCUUGAUACCGAAAAAGGAUGGCAGUGGUGGUGGAAAUGGUGGAGGAAAAGGCGGUAGUGGUGGAGGAGUUUUACACUGGAUAAAUAGCCAUUACUUUGAACUGCAUGGUCUACUUGCUCUACAGGGAACCAAUGGAAUAGGAAAUAAUGCAGGGGGAGGCAGUGGUGGUUCCCUGCUCAUUGAGACAAUGAACUUUACUGGACAUGGGAUAAUUGAUACAGCAGGUGGGGAUGGUUCUGGUAAAGGGGGCGGAGGUUCAGGUGGCAGAGCUGCUAUACAUUGUGAAUGGAGAUAUUGGUAUGGUGGUUCAUUUUUGAAUGAAGGUGGUAUAGGUGGUACCAUAGAUACCAAGCACAGUCAUGCAGGGGCAGCAGGCACAACUUAUGUGAAAAACAAUAGGAGACCUUUAGAGUACAGGAUACUAAAAUACAUGAAAGGAUCAAAUAUCACUUACUUUGAGGUCGAUCACAGAUACUUACACAUGGAUAAUAAGGGCAUUAAGUCUCCAGUACCUACCAUGGUAAUGGAAAAUGAAACAGCUGUAUAUGAACUAGAUGAAAUGCAAGUUGAUGGAUUCGUAAGGGUAUUAUUUUAUCACCCUGAAAACAACAUUGUCAAUGUUACCAUACACAGAUUUAUUGGGGAUCGCUCAGGCCAAGUUCACAUCAGAUCAAAACAAAUAAUAUACAUAGAAUAUGUGGAAUCAGAAACAAAUGUCACCGAAGCUCCUGUAAGUUACAUUAUAGAUCAGGGAGCUGAAGUUAUCUUUCCAACAGAAGUUCAUAUGCAAGGGAUUAACACUACCCUUAAUGGCCUGAUAGUAGGCGUGCACCAUUUAUAUAUCGAGGAUGGAUGUACACUUACUGUACUCAGUGAGGCUACAACUGCUCAACUUCAAGAUGAAGAGUAUAUUGAUGUCACAAAGCCUGCAAGUUUAGUCUUGAAGGUAAAGGUUUUAAAGCUGAAGAUGGACCUGGAAAAGGUAUUGGGAAUAUGGGAGGAAGUUAUGGUGGAGUUGGAGGUGGUGCUGAUGACUACAAAGCUUAUGGUUCAGUGUUUGAUCCUAUUAAUCUUGGCAGUGGUGGUGGCGGUAUUUCCACAGGAGGAUCUGGAGGAGGCUUCGUUGAACUUUACGAUAGGAAAGUCAUUCCAUAUUGAUGGCAUUGUGGAUGCAUAUGGACAAGAUGCCAGUAGUAACGGAGGUGGUGGUAGUGGUGGAACAAUCUUCAUAAAGGCCUACAACAUGUCAGGUUAUGGCACAUUGGAUGUUUCAGGGGGAGAUGGUAGUGGAACAGGAUAUGGCGGAAGUGGAGGUAGAAUUGCUGCUCAUAUAGAAAGUUUUAAUCUAUAUGCUGGUAAAUAUCUCUCGCAUGGAGGCACAAGUGGCAAAAAUGAUGCACAAAAUGCAGGUGGUCCAGGAACAAUAUACAAGUUUGAGUCAAAUAGAGGUCCACAAUAUCGUGAACUUAAAUACAAUCCUAGACUAAACAGAACUUUAAUAGAACCAGAACACAGAAAACUUACUGUUGAGAAUUUUAACUUGAAAACUACCAACCCAGCUGUUGUCAUGGAGACAGAUAGUAUGUAUUAUGAGUUUGAAGAAGUACAAGUAGAAGGUUACAGCUAUGUUCAUUUUUACCAUCCUCGCACUGUUCACGUUGUACAGGUGAAAAUUCACGAGUUAACAGGCAACAAACAGGGCAUGAUUAGGGUACAAAAUAAUCAACAGUUGAUGAUACAUUAUGUAGAAUCCACUCAUACGUAUCUGGAUACUCCAUGUGGUUUCCAUGUCGACAAAGAUGGUGAAAUAAUUCUGCCUUCUACAGUUGUCAUGCUAACAGAGAAAACCAUCCUCGGCGGAACGAUGAUCAACGUUGAGGAACUAAUAAUUGAAAGGAAUGCUGAAUUUAUUAUUGAUAAUGAUGCCUCUACUCUAGCUGUUACAGAUUUUAAGUUUGGAAUAUUGCAAACACCUACUCCUGGUAUAUUUGAUGUUGCUAUAAUAUCAAUAAACUAUAAAGGUUUAUUUACAACAAAUAUGAAUCCCUAUCAUGUAACGAUAAUGUCAGGACUGUUGACUGUACGUAAUGGUGGAAAACUAGCAGCAAAAACUCAAAGGGUUACCUUGGAAACAGCAGAUCUAGAUGUGGAAUAUGGAGGACUUAUUGAUGGCACAGGUCAAGGAUAUGAGAAAGCUAUAGGACCUGGGAAAGGAGUUGCAAGUUCUUAUGAUGCUAGUGGAGGCGGGCUUGCCAGUAAAGGUGGCAGUAGCCAACAUGGGGCAGUAGGAGGAUCAUACUAUGGAACAACAAACUGUGAUGGGUUUCAUUAUGGCAGUGGAGGUGGUGGUGAACAUGGGGGUGCAGGAGGAAGUUACAUAGAAAUCAAUGCUGGGACUCGACUAACACUGUAUGGUACCAUAUCUGUGAAUGGAGAAGCUGGUCUAGCUGGUAAUUAUAGAGGUGGUGGUGGAAGUGGUGGUACAAUCAAGGUCAAGGCUAGUACACUUGUAGGACGAGGAAUCUUCUCAAGCAUUGGUGGUUCUGCAUCAACUGGAAAAUACAAUAAUGUAAUUGUUGGAAAUGGUGGGGGAUCAGGAGGUAGAAUCUGUGCGUAUCUCUUAGAGUCUCUAAGAUUCCUAGGCUCAUUUAUCGCUCUCGGUGGAAAUAGCGCCACCUAUCAUGGCUCACCAGGAACAGUAUGGAUAAAAUCUACAACAGGGUCAGAUGUAACAACUCACCUGUGGGUUGACAAUGGAAUGAGGUCUUUAGACUGUGGGAAAUAUCCUGUUUAUAUUGAUGAAACCAGCAUAAAUCACUUCCAUCCUAUGAGACAAGCAUGUGUUUAUCCUACAAAGGACACCAUAGUUGAACACAUAGGUGGAGAUGGUACAGGUGCACUUAGAAUUAAUACUGGAGUCACACUGGAUAUUGCUCAAGAUAAAAUGCUCACAUACAUACAGUCUUCCCUGUACAUAUAUGGAACAGUGAACUUUCCCACUACAACAUAUAUUGAACAGUAUGUCCAUAAUGAAGGUUAUAUUGUUGGGGUUGGACACUGGUAUUCUCGCGGUCAUACAUAUUUAAUGGCAAAUGGGCAGUCCAGUUGUUCUAUAGUAGCCCCACAUGCUGGAAACUAUCACUUCCUUACAUUUACUACCAUGUAUGGUGGGUAUUUCAGCUUAGUUGAUUCCAAUAAUCAGUACAAUGUAAACAGAAGCAUUGCAGUAUUCACUGACGUAUUUCGUAUGGAAGGUACUGCUCAUGGAUAUAUUGAGAAAUCUGGAAAUGUAAUGGGUAGGGUAUUAGAAUUUGCAAAACGGGCUAAAAUAGAUGGGAAUGCAAGAGGUUAUACAGCAAAAUCUGGGUCAGGUGCAGGAUGUUCCAGUGGCUGUGGCUCUGGUGGUGGGCAUGGAGGGAGUGGUGGAAGUUGUUCCAAUGAGUGUGGUUCAGAUUGCAGUGGAGGAGGAGCAUAUGACAGCACAGUUUUACCAUCUUUGUCAGGCAGUGGUGGGGGAUCUUGUUCCCAUACCUCAGGUGGUACUGGUGGUUCUGCAGUAAGACUGGUACAUACCUUUAGUGUUGUAGAAGGCACUCUAACAAUGAAUGGCGGUCACGGUUCAGGUGGUAGUGGAGGAGGGGCAGGAGGAUCUAUUUGGCUUGAUGGGGAUAUUGUUGCCGGUUGGGGAUCAUUUCAUGCAAAUGGGGGUUCAGCUGGUAGUGAUAGAUGUUCGUCACAUUGGUCACAUUGGCACCGAGGAGGGGGAGGAGCUGGUGGGAGAGUUAGAACAUGGGGAUCAGAAUACACCAGUAAGGUUCUACUUCAACAGAGAUCUGUAUCAGGUGGAACUGGAGCCAAGGCACAUGGUUCAGGCGGAUCAACAUACAGAUAUCACGGUGCCGCAUGUAGUGGACAUGGAACAUGGAAAGGAUCAUCAUGUCAGUGUUAUGAUGGGUAUGUAGGUCACGACUGCCAGUUUUCCUGCCACAAUGUUAAUACAUGUGGUGCCCAUGGUGUCUGUAAUAAUGAAGGAAAGUGUAACUGUACCACUGGUUAUGUUGGAGAACGUUGUGAAAGCCAAUGUCACAGAGAUACAGAUUGUAAUGGACACGGGGAAUGCUCCCCUUGCGGAACAUGCAUAUGUCAUCCUUGUUUCUCUGGCCCAGACUGCUCAAUCGAGUGUAGCAAAUCGGGAUCAUGCAUAGCAGAUCAAUGUGUUUGCGAUGACUGCCAUCUUGGAGUAUUGUGUGAAUCAGAAUGCAACAAUCAUGGAACAUGUAACACUACAACCAAUGCCUGUAUAUGUGAUGCAAAUUGGGGUGGAAAAAAGUGUACAAAUAAAGGAUGUCCUGGAGAAGAUCUUAACUGUAAUGGACAUGGUAUUUGUAACUCAGGGACAGGUGAAUGCUUCUGUGACAAUGGAUGGAGAGGAGCUGAUUGUGGUGACCCAGAUUGCCCAGGAGAGCCUAACUGUCAUGGCCGUGGAUUCUGUAACAAGCUUUUUAAUCCCCCUAUCUGUACUGACUGUGACCAAUACUGGAUGGGUACAGGUUGUGGAGAUGUUUGCAAGUAUGGAACACCUAUACAAGAUAACACUGUGUGUAACUGUUCUAAAACAUGUUACCAUGGUAAAGGAUGUGACAUAGAAUGUUCUGGUCAUGGUGUUUGCAGUUCUGACGGUUCAGGAGACUGUUAUUGUGACCCACUAAAAGGAUGGGAUGGCACUUACUGUGAAAUACCCGGGUGCCCGAGACAUCCUGUUACAAAUGUUGAAUGCAGUAAGCGUGGCAACUGUGACUCUGAGAAACGUGAGUGUAUGUGUGAUGCUGGUUGGGAAGGUGCUGCCUGUCACAUAGGUGACUGUCCAGGUCAUCCAAACUGCUUCAGUCGUGGAAUAUGUGAUGAAACGACAAGUCCGCCAAGAUGUGUAAGCUGCCAUGAAAACUGGAUGGGACCAGCUUGCAAUGAUCCAUGUCUCCAUGGUAAACAAGAGCCCAUGGAUAGCGGAAUAUGUGUCUGUGAGGAGGGAUAUACUGGUGUCGGAUGCGAUUCAGAAUGCUCAGAGCAUGGUAAAAUCAGCAGUGUCACGGGAAAAUGUAACUGUACAUAUCAUUUGGGCUGGAAAGGAAGUGUGUGUAAUAUACCAGGAUGUCCAGGAUUGAAUGGUCAAGACUGCAGUGGUAGAGGAGGUUGUGACAGCGCUUCAGCCACUUGCACAUGUGACAAAGGCUGGCUUGGUAUAGGGUGUGAGUAUACAGAUUGUCCGGGAGAACCAGAUUGUAACGACCAUGGCAAAUGUAGCGAUGCAACAGAUCCUCCACAAUGCUUCUGUUCUGAUGGCUGGUUUGGUGAAGCAUGCCAGGAACCUUGCGUUAAUGGACAGAUGAAUCCUGUUGGAAGUCAAAAUUGUGAAUGUGAUCCUGGUUGGGCUGGUCUCAAUUGUGAUUCUGAGUGUUCAGAAAAUGGUAAAAUUAUCAAUGGAAAGUGUAAAUGUGACUUUGGCUGGUGGGGUAAAGUGUGCAAUAUUCCAGGCUGUCCUGGUGUUAAUAAAAGUUGCACGGGUCACGGAGACUGUAACUCUGCUGCACACACAUGCACGUGCUACAGUGGAUGGACUGGUAUUAAAGACAGCAUGGGAUAUGUUGACCCACUAACAAAUGGUUGCGAUAUCCCAGAUUGUCCUGGCGAACCUGACUGCAACGGUGAAGGAAUCUGUGACCAUACGUUAUUCACUCCAAAGUGUAAAAACUGCAGCAAAGGAUGGAUGGGCGAGGCCUGUGAAGACAUUUGUGAUGCUGUACACGGUGAACAAAAACCUAUGAAUAGUGGAUUCUGUGAAUGUGACAGCUGUUACUCUGGGAAAGGUUGUAAUCUUGAAUGUAACCGGAAUGGUAAGUGUGACAACGGCACUUGUGAAUGUGACGUAGGCUGGAGAGGCUCGAAAUGUGAAGUACCAGGAUGUCCCGGCAUUGGUAAAGAUUGCACUGGUCAUGGUUCAUGCAACUCAGCUUUACACCAAUGUGCAUGCCAACCAGGGUGGACAGGGGAUGGCUGUGAAAUACCAGAUUGUGGAGAUGGAGCAUGUUUCAUUAAGGAGGGUCGAGGACGAUGUGAUGGUUCAAGUGGAGAUCCUAUUUGUGUCUGUAACACUGAAAAUGGUUGGUUUGGACCAGACUGUAACAAGAAAUGUGAGAACGGUACAGUUGUAAUGAACAGUUUGGGUGGAGAAUGUGUUUGUGACCCAUGCUAUAAUGGAGAUAGGUGUCAACUAGAGUGUUCUAGUCAUGGUGUAUGUGAUCCAACUGGCAAACACUGCAUCUGCUUUGAUCAACCAAAGAAAGCAUAUAGAGGAGUUCUGUGUGAAGACGAUGGUUGUCCGGGAUCAGAUAGGGCCUGUGACCAACAUGGAUCCUGUAUCAAUAUGGAAUGUGUCUGUAACAGUGGCUGGAAAGGAGAUGACUGUAACACUCCUAAAUGUCCAGAAGACUGUAACGAACGAGGAACUUGUGUAUUUGAUAAAGAAUUGGAAUCUGGUGUAUGUGUUUGUAAUGAGGACUGGGUAGGGGAUAGAUGUAAUUUUCCGUGUCAAAAUGGUACAAACCAUGGUGAUGGUAUCUGUAAAUGUCAUAGGACAUGCGAUACAGGUAUAUCAUGUCACAUGACAUGUAAUAAUCAUGGUGUCUGCAAUGAAAAUGGUGGAUGCAUCUGUAAUUUCAAUCUGGGAUAUAAAGGUGAACAGUGUGAUGAGAUAGGAUGUCCAGGCUGGCCUGAUAACUGUAUGGGACAUGGAACCUGUAAUAAAGCUAUAAACCAGUGUGAUUGUGAACAGGGUUGGAAAGGCAAUGGUUGUCAUAUACCUGACUGUGAUUGUAACGAUGUGAAUGCAAAAUGUGAACAGAGAGAGGGUGACGAGAAACCAAGAUGCUAUGAUUGUGCACCACCUUACAUAGGGGAUAAAUGCCAGUAUAGAUGCUAUAACGGAACUGAGAAUCCAGGAGAUUUCCGCUGUAUAUGUGACAAGUGUUUUGCUGGUGUUGAAUGUGACAAACUAUGUAACAACCAUGGAACUUGCACUUCUGAAGGAACAUGUGAUUGUGGAUUUGAAGGAUACAGAGGUGACUUUUGUGAGAGAAAAGAAUGUCCAGGGCAUGGUGUCUCGUGUUCAGGUCAUGGUACUUGUAAUCCAUCUACAGGAAUUUGUUCCUGCGAGCCUGGCUGGACAGGAACAGGUUGCCAUAUUACCAAAUGUGAGAAAGAUUGCAGUGCUCAUGGUGUAUGUUUGCCACUCGACAAGCCUGUUUGUAACUGUACCAGUGGAUAUUUCGGUGCAGGGUGCGAGCAUUAUUGCGACAAUGGAAACGUCUUCACACCCAACUCAGACGAUUUAACUACGCAAUAUUGCAAGUGCGACUCUUGCUACACAGGGAUAGAGUGUAGUGAAGAAUGCUCCAAACGUGGUCAUUGUGUAAAUGGAACAUGUGAUUGCGGGACAACUGGUUGGAAGGGAGAUAAAUGUGAAAGAGCGGGCUGUCCAGGAAAAUAUGGCCGUGAUUGCUCUGGUCAUGGAAGCUGUUUAACAGAGUCAAAUUUUGAUAUAGGAACAUGUACAUGUGAGACAUACUGGAUAGGGGAAGGCUGCUGGACUGCUGAAUGUCCAAACAACUGCUCGGGACAUGGUCAGUGUAAUGACACAGUUGAUGUCCCAUUCUGUACCAACUGUGAACAAGGCUGGAUCGGACCAGAAUGUAACACUAGAUGCUAUGGCAUACAGGAACCAAUGGAUAGUGGUAACUGCGUGUGUGAAAGCAAGUGUCAGAGCCCUGCUGAUAACUGUUAUUCUACAUGUAAUAACCAUGGUAUUUGUGACAAUAAAACCCAAACAUGCCAAUGUCACGAUGGCACCGGAUAUAACCCAACAGGACACUGGGGAGAACUGUGUGAGCAGAAGCAAUGUCCUGGCGUCGGACAAUCUUGUAGUGGUCAUGGAAAAUGCAUACACGGAAAAUGUAGCUGUUAUGAGGGCUGGACAAUAAAUUCAACAUCAUGUCAUGUGCCAGACUGCCCUGGCACACCAGAUUGUAGUGGCAAAGGUUCAUGUGAUGCCAGUGGGGAAAGCCCUAGCUGUAAAUGUAACAAAGGUUACAUGGGCCGAGAAUGUCAGUAUGAAUGUGUUCAUGGUACAGCACAGGAGGACAACACAUGUCUGUGUGAUCCCUGUUAUACUGGGGCAGCUUGUAAACAGAUAUGUGGAAAUCAUGGGCAAUGUGAAAAUGGGACAUGUGUCUGUAAUUCAGGAUAUUGGGGAAAGUCAUGUGAGACACAGGGUUGCCCAGGUACAGGAGAAAGUUGUUCUGGACAUGGAAUAUGUAAUAUAGGGGAACAGACAUGUACGUGUAACAUUGGAUGGACUUCUGCAGGUUGUGACGUCUUUAACUGUCCCGGUACACCAGACUGUAGCAGUAAAGGUGACUGUGAUGGAAAUAACUACUGGCCACCUAGAUGUGUUAAUUGCACCGACUCAAUGGGACCAGAAUGUCAAUAUGAUUGUAUACAUGGUGUAGAGUCUCCACCUUUCUCCUCUUUCUGCAAGUGUGACCCAUGCUAUGAUGAUUCUGCCUGUAAUAUUGAAUGUAAUGGUGUAGGAACUUGCUCAACUAAUGGUAAUGGAACAAAGUCUUGCAACUGUUCCGAAGGUUAUAAGGGAGAUUUUUGUGAACAACUAGAUUGUCCAGGAGAGCCAGACUGCAGUAAGUAUGGAACGUGUACAAGAAAUGAAGAGUUGGGUGUAUCUAGAUGUAUCUGUGAUCCUGGUUACCAAAGUGAUGACUGCUCUCAAUUUGUAUGUCCAGGACCCCAAGAUAACUUCUGCAAUGGAAACGGUGAAUGUCUGCUACUACCUGAAGAGACUGCCCCAAAAUGUGUAUGUAACCACGGUUUCACUGGAACUGCUUGCGAUUCUUGUAUGGUAAACUUUGAAGGGAACAACUGUGAAAGAUGUAGGACAGGAUAUAUUGGUUACAACACAACUUGUGAUGUCAUUUGUGUGAAUGGAUUUGCUACAGAAAAAGGUGGUAGAGUUUGUGAAUGUCAUGAUGAUGACAUUAAAGGACACUGGAUCAAUCCUCAAACUGGCUGUACUGAUUGUUUAAAAGGCUGGAGUAAACCUACAUGUACACAGUGUGCUUCAAAUUUUGAUGGCCCAUAUUGUGACAUAGAAUGUAUUGACGAGCAGGGAUAUUUUGUGGAUGACCACGAUGGUGAAGUUGUAAAUUCCUCAGUUGUCCCAGUGUUUAGAUGUGUAGAGAACAUUGGGUCUGACAAUUACAAAGCUUGGUUUGGCUACGAGAAUUUAAAUCCGAACAACAUUUACAUUAAACUGAAAGGUGAAAACUCAAAUUACUUAAACAAAAGAAGAGUGACUUCUGGCACAAACCUACCCACAAAAUUCAUAUCUGGAACUGUGAAAUAUGCAAUGGUUAUAGGACCUGCAAACUUAACAGUUAUAAAAGAAUACAGUUGGCGAAUAAUUACAAUGAAAUUUAAUUACACAAGUAUCCUGGCCAGUGUUGACCCAUCUAUUGUUUGUCAAGAAUCUCCUGAAUUGGAUGGUUUACCUAGAAUUGUUGGACAUUGCAAAUGUAAGCAUGGUUACUAUGGAGAAUCAUGUAGAAAUGAAUGCCCAGGUGGAGGCAGCAAUCCAUGUUUUGGUAAUGGAAUAUGUGACACGGCAUCUGGCGAAUGCAAAUGUGACAUAGGUGCUAAUCAGAACAACAGUUGCCAAUCUUGUCUCCCUGGAUGGUUUGGUAGUGAUUGCAAACUCCCGUUAACCGUAAGAGAUUCAUCAAAAGAAUGGUACACAGGAAUGAUAUAUGGCUUUGGUAGCUGCCAGACAUUUGACGGAACUAAAUAUGAUUGCAAUGCAUUUGGUCAAUACCUUGUGACAAGUGUAAAAAUUGGAAUAUCUCAAGAACUAAAAAUAUUUGCACUAAGGGUGGCAAGUUCUAACAGAUUGGUUACUGCAGUCACAAAAGCUGUUGCCAUCACUUUAUCAAGUAAAAUUUUAGUUAUACAAAUAGAUAAAGAAGGCUUGGGUAGUAAAACAUGGCUAAAUGGUGAAAUAUUUGCAAUUGGAAGUGGACUUGAAAUUGCCACUGAUGUUACAGUAAUUCAAAUGUCACCCACUCAAUUUGUCUUAACAAUAUCAACAAACUUUUAUGUAAAUAUUGACAUCCGUAAAUACUCGAUUGACAUAUUUGUGAAAAGCAAAGCUACUGUCUGUAUUUCUUCCACUGGUUUACUUGGAUCAUGUGAUAUGGAUCAAACAAAUGAUUUUAAACUAUCUGAUAGCAACAUUCUUCAAGAAGGCAGCUUAUUGUAUGAUCUUACAGUUUCCAACAUUGAAAAUUUGUUUCUGCCAUCUUGGCAGAGUGAUGAUGAAAUAUUUACACACAUAAUACAUGGGAUUGUUGAGAGUUCAGCUCAAACUUGUCUUGAAAUUAAAUCUAGCCCAAUGGAAAGUGAACCCUUACAUUUCUUUACUGAUGCUGAACUUACCGUUGACAUUAGUUUUCGUAUAGAUUCGGAUCACGGGACAUGUUCCACUUUAUGGUCGUACAAGAAUCCGUCUGGGCAUGUAUUUUCUGUAUUGGUUUGUGAGAUGUAUAUUUCAUUUCUAUAUUUUUCACAAAGUGAGCAAAUAACUGUUAUAAAUACGUUACCCGUACAGCUUUCAACAUGGUAUCAGUUGUCCAUGGUUUGGACUAGUUCAGAAAAAAUGUUAAAUUUCUACCUAAUAGAGGAUGGUUUAUCUUACAGUAAUGCAUUUAUACAUGGAAGCAUUGGGCUAAACACAUUUGCCCCAGGCGGUACAUUCAUGCUUGGUACAACUCAUUACCUCUCCCAUAGUUUUGAUGGAUUUAUAGACAACUUACUUAUCUGGAAGUCUUCAUUUACUUUGAAGGAAAUUUUAGCUCGAGCAUUUACUGUCAUUAUGGUUGAAAGGGAAGAUGACCUAUCUUACAUUUGGAGAUUUAAUGAAGGUCGAGGUUUCAAAACGUAUGAUUCUACACGUCAUCAGAAAAUAUUCAAAUGGCAGAUUGGCAAUUGGGCAGAUAUUCACUGGAAAAUCGGCGCAUACAAAAUGAAAUAUUCAUUUUUUCACAGUAAAAAAGACAUUAUUCUGUCACAGUCAUCAGAUUCUGAUAUUGAAAAUUGUAAAGCUACAAUAGCCAAUAUCCCUGGGACUGAACUUCUUGCAAAAUCUGUAACUUAUUUGUUCCUUACAGAAUGUCUCAUAAGCAAGUAUCUUGUUCAAGAAUUCGAAGGAAUAUAUUCUCUUGCUACUGCAAUAAGUGAACAAAUAAACUUUGAUCGGACAUCAGCAGAUUACCCUUUGAAAUCUAUUUGCAAUGUCUACCCAGGUUUGUCUAACUGGUAUGGCAUUAAUUGUAAUAGAUAUUGCGUUACUGGAGCUGGCCUUCUAACAUCAGAAAUAUGCAGCUGCAACCCUGGUUACUUCGGAGAAAGCUGUCAACAUCAAUGCCCAUCUGCUCGUGGAAAAGUUUGCGGUGGGGGUAUUUGUGACACAAACACUGGCCAAUGUACAUGUUCAUCAACAAGGUAUGACCCAAAGAGUGGUUGUGAGUUAUGUACUCGUGGAUGGAUUGGUAAAGAUUGCUCGUCAGUUGGGGCAAAUAUUCCAGACGAUUUACCUAAGUUCUCAGCAGUAUGCUUCGGGCAGGGGUAUUGUAACAUGUUUGAUGGCCAAGCGUUUAAUAUAAGGACACCUGGAGAAUAUCUUUUAUUUCAGAAAACGUCAGCUGUUCUCAAGGUUUUUGUGAGGAUGAAACCUUGUGCCGGAAGUAGGACAUGUAUACAGCAAGUUUGGUUUCAUUUAGCCUCAGAUGACUUCACAAUUAAAAUGCCAUUGACCGACAACAAACCAAUUAUUUUGCAUCACAACAACAGAAGAAUUUCAUUAGAUAGCCUUGGUACCUACCGAAUAAAUGCUGAUGCUUCAAUUUCAUGGAUUGAUAAAGUGACUUUACAGUUCGUUCUUGGACAGGUUACUGUUCAGGUGUCAUACGUUAGACUGUCUCCUUACCUUUCAGUGAACGUUAAAACAAAAUGCUCUUACAAUGAUCAAACAGGGCUACUGGGAAAUUGCAAUCGUAAUACCGAUGAUGACUUUCUGGAUAGUGCAGGUCGAGCUGUUGCUUAUAAAGACGUCAGUGAUGACAUCAUAGAUAACCAGUUUUCUUUAUAUUUUACAAGAACUAUAUCUGUCCGUAACCAUUUUAUAUAUGGAUAUCCAGACACUUCACUUACAGAACCAGAAAAUAUGGCUAAAGGGUAUAGUUUGUUUUUCAAUAGAAGUGGUGCUAUGACUGGCAAAGUACCCUCACAUUUGUUUUAUGACGAAAGCCAUUUGAAUGUGUCUUUAGAAAUAAAAAUCAAAUGUCUAGCUGAAACAGGUUUCAUUGUAGGAUACUAUGUGUCAGAUUCGACAAAACAGUUUGCUUUGUACGUGAAUAAUUCCAUGCUUGAAGUAUAUAUACAUCAACAAAUUUUUACAACAGACAUGCAAUUAACCAUUGGGAAAUGGUAUCAUAUCAUAACAUCAUUCCAGGUCACAGAUAAUUUCUUUAACGUUUUUGUGUACUCUGGUGGAUCUCUCGAAUAUUUUACUCGAUUUGAUGCAACUGACUUAUUUUUCCCUCCAUCUGGGAACCUUUUUGCAGGGGAGUGGAUCAUUGAUCCACCUUUACCAUUAUCUCCUUUUUAUGGACUAAUCGGAGAAUUAAGAAUGUGGAAUAUAUAUUUAGACAUUCAAAUGACAUACCAGUUGGCCAAUGAUGCAGACAUAAGUAAAAUCACAGGACUUAUUUUAAAUUACCAGUUCACAGAAGGUUUUGGUUUUACUUCAUAUGAUUUGGUGUUUCAUAUCGGAAUGACGAUUGCAGAAAUUGAAAAUAAAGUGGCUUGGAUUCUCUCCGACAAACCUGGUAAGGCAACAAUCAGCCAAACCGUUUUAAGCUCUCAAGAGGUCAAGCGAAUUAUUGAAUGUGAAAAAAUGUUUUCAAUAGCAUCACUGAGUAAUGCAUGUAAUGGAUUUGGUGAAGAUUUUUCAACAUUUUACAUAGAUGCUUGUAAAAAUGACAACAGUUACGUUCCAACACUUCAGGCCUAUGUUACCAUCUGUAUCGCCAUUUUACGUCCGGUUAUAAAUCCAGUUACAGAUUUAUGCAGAGAUCAUAGAUCCAGUCACUAUGACACAUUUUGUGGAGAGUUUUGCCAGCAUGGCACGCCCACGUAUCAUGGAUGCACAUGUGAUAUUGGAUUUUGGUCUUGGAAUUGUGCAAAUGAAUGUCCAGAUCGUAUAGGUGCCGAUAAAUUACCAUGUAAUAGCCAUGGAUCAUGUGACAAAGACUCAGGAAAUUGUAUUUGUUUUACAAACUUUAAUGAAACUAACAAUUGUGAACGUUGCUUAGAGAAUUUUACAGGUGAAUAUUGUGAAAAGGCUAAACUGGUACUGCCAGACCUACCUAUCAAUAAGAAUGUCACCAACCCUGUCAGAAAGAUUUGUCAAAUAUUUGGCUCUUUGAAAGUAAAAACAUUCAACAAUAAUGUCAUUUCAGUACAGAAUUCUGAUGAAUGGAUCUUGAUAGACCCUCUAACAAACGGUUACCCUGAAAUAAGAGUAAGAACAAUUCAGUGCAGAAAGAAAAUUUGUUUAAAGUCCAUUCAAAUCUCAUACUUGUCUGAAAUUAUUCUUAUUGGUGGCAUGAGUAAAAAGAAAUCUGAAAGAAUAAAAGUAAAUGAAAACUUUGGCACAUCUACGAUGCAAAAUUUCCUUUUUACAUCAAAGUCAGAAAACACUUUCAUUCUCAAAAGCAAGAAAAGUACAUUGAACAAUUAUUUUAAACUACGGGUGCAUUUUACAAGAAAAGGAUAUUUGUCUCUUCUAAUGAAACUUGACUGCAAUAACUGCACAAGAAGCACACUGUGUAAACCGGAUUCUGUAUUUUUGGAUACAUACAAGCCAAAUGAUUCAUCAAGUUUUAGUCAUAUCACUAUUCCCAAAUCAAACCAGAGUUUAUCAGAUAGUUUAGAUGAACCAAAUACUGAAGCACUAUUUAGUUUAACGUUAAAUCGGUCAGACGAAAGAGAUGAUUUUAAUGAGCCUUUCAUAUCAAAUGUUUCCGCUACAGGGGAUAAAUUCACGAUCAUAUCAUCAAAUAUUUUGACUAAUGUCUUCUCGCCAACUGAAAGAAAUUCUAUACAAUUCAGUUUAAGGCUGAAUGAAGGCAGUUCAGGUGGCAUAUUUCAGUAUGUUGGCGAGUCAACAUUCACGCUAUACAUAGAAAAUGGUAGAAUUAAAGUGCAUGCGGAUUCAGCUAUUAUUGAUACAUUUAUAAAUAUCCAGACAGGCAACUGGUGUGAUAUUAAAAUGUCAUAUGAUGAUAUUGGGCAGAUCAUAACAUUACUUGUAACAUGCAACGAAGAAACCGGAAAAGAGCCAAUUACAAAAACAAGUAUAUUUCCUAUACCUGCACGAUGUUUUACACCGAAUGGAAGACUAGUUAUUGGAAAACCUAUCGGAGCUUUUAAUACAUCUUUAGGAGUGGUCUGUGGUGGAUCAUUUACUGGUGAAAUAGAUGAUUUCUAUGUGUAUAAAGGAAAUGAAAAAGAACCUUUGAUCUACUUCAAUUUUGAUAAAGUUGUGGGUCAGAAAAUUACUGAUUCCUUAGGUACGAUAAAUUACCUAAAAAUUCAUGACCCAUACAACAAAGGUGCAUCUAAGUUCACAAUAUCGACUAAACCAUCAGUUUUAAUAUCAACGGAAGUGAAAUCUGAAUUUUCUGACAAGGCUAUGUAUGAACAAACAAGGAACAAGUGUACUCAGAUCUUUGACACUCCAAGCAUAAAACAUUCAUGUUCAAGUCUAGGUGUAACUACAAAAGAACUUUUUAUAGGGAUUUGUAUGGAUGAGGUUGCUGAUGAUGGUAAUGCUGUGUUUUCAUUCCAGUCUUACUUAGCUCUCUGUAAUGAACAACUUUACGAAACAAACGAAAACGAGGAAAACGAGUCGCAAGAUAAUGAUACAACGCGAUACCUGUGCCAUGAAGAUUUUGUCAGUGCCGGCUACGUUGGCAAGGACUGUAAUAUUAAAUGUGUCUAUCCUGAACCAACUGGAGACGGUCUUACUUGCACUUGUGCUAAAGGUUAUUGGGGAACAAGUUGUAAUUUUGAAUGCCAUGGAAGUGCAGAGAUGCCUUGCAGUAAUCACGGUAUUUGCGAUUCCCAAACCGGCCAGUGCACAUGUAGCUUCAAUAGGCAAGGGAAUGAUUGCUCUCAGUGCGCAAAGAACUGGUAUGGUAAAGAUUGCAAUGUUAUGAUUCAAAGCAAAAUUUUCUCGACAAAUAAAUUUACAGCUUCAAUAACAAGUAACAGUUAUCUCAAAACGUUUGAUGGAGCUUUCAUACAAAUAAACAAUGACGACAGACCAUUUACUAUUUUCCAAGAUCCUACAAUUCAAAUUGAAGCACUCAAAGGACCAACAGACUUGUACCUAAGCGCAUUAAUGGCCAUAGCAAUUAAUAUUGAAGGGAAAAUUAUAACUAUCUAUCCGCAGAAUUCAGGAACCAUCAAGGUGAACGGUCAGAUAAUUUACCUUGGUCAGAUGGAUUUACAGUUUGGAUAUAAAAUUGAGAAAAUCAGUGAGACAGAGAUUGUUGUAACAGGGCCAAACAACUUUGAAUUUAAAUGCACUAUCAUUAAAGGUGACGGUCUGCAAAUAGGAAUGUCUAUCAGUAAAACGGGUUGCAGUUCAUCAAAGGGUAUUUUCGGUAAAUGUUCACAGGGUGAUUCUACCAAAUGCUCAAAUUCAGAUUUUGUUUGUAUAAUUGACCACAUUGGUAUUGUUGAAGCAGCAAAAACCAACAAUAUUGACAAGGCAGCUUUAUAUAAGUAUUUCAAAUCUGUAAGUAAACCUUUUACGGAAACAAUAUUUGCAAAUAUUCGGCAAUCAAAAGUAACAUCAGGAACAGCAGUACGAAUUUCAGGCGGUGGAUACGUGUCUUUGCCAGUUAUUGAUACAGAUACCUUUGGUGUACACACUUAUGAAUUAGCAAUCGAAAUACGACUAAAAUUUGAAAUUGCUUUCACUUGCACAAUCAUGAGUAUUGCAAAUAAAAUGGCAACGUUUGGUAUCGUGAUUGUAAAUGAUAAAUAUUCAAUACAAUAUGGUUUAUGGAAUUACAAUACAAACAUACACGUUGUAACUGGACAAUGGACAAGUAUAGGUUUAUCACUAAAUGAAACAUCUGGUUUGCUUCUUUUCCAUGAAAUACAUGAGACAAGUUACGGACAAUACAAGCGAAUCAACAUUUCAGAUGCCAUUAAAGAAUAUGGGCCUCCAAUUGUAGAAGGGAGUACAACUUUGCUAGGGAAAUGGCAAAAUAUAACCACAAUUAUCAAGACACCUGGUCCUGGUGAUGCUAAAUUAUUGCCUGUAUUCAUUUGUGAUAGGAUUCUUAUUUAUAAUAAUCUAAAAUCAAUUAACGACUUUGUUGAUCUCUUUAUUUUAAAUAUUCAUAAAAUUUCACCCGUUAAUCUGCCAUUACACGAUUCUGACACAUCUUUAAGAUUGAUGAUUUAUCUUAUAAUAGGAGUAAAUUUCAAUGACGGUGCUGGCUUUGUUAUAAAAGAUUUUGUUCAUGGAAAAUUUGGAUAUAUUGGCCUGACUGGCAAUGUAGAAUGGGUAAAUAGUGAUCCACCUAUAACGCAUUACAGUGUACCUAUUCAAAAUGGUGUUGAUCUUAUACCGGAAUCUUUGUCAAAUGCUAACGCAACCAGUUUUUGUUCAUCUUUAAAGGAAAAUCUUGAAAAGAAAUGUCCCAGUAUGUCAAACCUUUUGAAUUUCUUUUCUGUAUCUUGUAUAAACGACAUUCUUCAAACGGGCGACAAUAAUAAUGCCAUUGAUACCGUAGUAGCUACCUUAGAUGAAUGUGUUCGUCAAGACCAAUACACGGAGCAACCAACCGACGAUUUGUGCAAAUCCUUUGGCAAUAGAAAAUUUCCAGUUUUUGGAGGAGAAGAUUGUAAGCAGAAAUGUUCGUAUGGAAAUUUCAAAGCAGGAGUAUGUGUAUGUGACAGUGGGUAUUAUGGUGAAGAGUGUCAGUUAGAAUGUCCAGGUGGUCAUCAUUCGCCAUGUGCUGGUCAUGGUAAUUGUGAUAUUGUGACAGGAAAAUGUAAUUGCGAUGUUGAAUGGAGCGGAAAUGACGUUUGUAGUAUUUGUAAUAAGGAUUGGAGUGGAAGUAACUGUGACCUAUUCAACGCAGACCCAAAUAUUGGUGACAUUGAUAUUGGAGAUGACGAAGAUCACAUUGAUGACUCUAUUGAUGUAAACAGUACAAUACCAUCUAUUAUAGAUGAUGGUAAAGGAAUGACGUGCAAGGUUAAAGGUAAAAAAGGGAAGGUUACAAUGUUCAACUCCAAGGGGAAGAAGUUGAGCAAAACAUUCGACAAAGCUCUGUUGCUUGAGGUGAAGAAUCUACGUAUUUUGAUCCGACAAAAUAUAAUAAAAAAGAAAGCAAAACGAAAGUUGGUGGUCGACAAAGUAUUUUUAACAUACAAAAGUGAAUUUAUAAACUUUGAAACCAUUCAGAAAGGAUCUACAAAAAGUGGCAAACGUAAAUUUAAAGCCUUUGUAAAUGGAAUUCGAUGGAAAAAGAAAACGAAAAUUGACAAAACCAUUGGUGGCAUGUGGAUAAUCAAUAAAAAUCCAAAAGUAGUUACAGUGAACAUUUCUGAAAUAGGGUUUACAAUGGACGUUAAAAGAGGGAGUGUCUUCUUUCAAUUAGACAUAAAACUAUUGUCAAGCAAGUGGAAUACAACGGGUCUCUGUAAUUACGUUCCAACAUCAGUGAAUUACUUGAUAAAAAAAGACUACAAGGUGUACACAUCAUCUGAACCAGUUCGAUCGGAAACGGGAACUUAUUGUACAGCGGAUACAGACUUCAGUAUAGAUUAUUACAUUGACAGUACAGACAUCUCAGAUAAGGUCACUGGAUCAGCAAUUUGUUGUAAUUCAGCAAGUGCCAGUGUUACCUCAUUCAAAUUAUUUGACAACUUAACGGAAGAAACAACUAUCUCGUUUUAUUUGAAAACUUGUUCUGGCUGUUAUGGUGUUAUUUUUUCAUACGACAACAAGAAGCCUUUCAGUCUAGACUACAACGGUACUCUAAGUAUUUAUUAUGGUAGAAACCAAUGGAUGUCAGAAAUUAGACUGUCAGAUAACAUUUGGUACCAGAUUGUAUUAUCUUAUUCCAAACAAUUAAGGAGGAUUGAUUUGUAUGUUUUCAAUAUUUACAAUAAAACAAGCCCCGAAGUUUUUACAAUUAAUGAUUUUAAAGCAGCAAAUCCAUUUGUGAAUGGUGGAGAUCUCUCACUCGGAAAGUUCCAGGUCAGCCAAGAAAUAAAGAAAUGGAAAAAGCUUGAUUCCUUUGUUGGGUGUUACGACUCAUUAGGAUUUGCUUCCAGAUACCUUGAUGCCGCUACUGUAUCUGAACUGUUCACAAAACCAAUGGAUUGGGUCAAACAAUAUAUAACAGACAUAGGUGCAAAAUUCUACUACUACGAUUUUGAUGAUGAUGCUUUUUAUUCUGAAGGAUAUAUGGAACUGGAUGAAGAUUUAGCUGGUGAUUCCGGUAACCAGGAUGAAAGGAAUCGAAUGAAGAUAAACAAUUUACCUCUUAGAUCAUGUUACCAAAGGGUCUCGGACAGCCCUCAGUAUGAUAUGCAAAUCAAUGUGAAUGAAAAUCGUAAGAAACGAAGUGUUUUUUCACCAUGGCCACCUACUGUUUCACACAGUGAUUUGAUAACGAAAAGGGCGGAUGUUAUAAGAAAUCUACAUCAGCAGAUGAAAAGAGAUAUUGUCAUUGUCAAUUACGACUCUCUCUGUAACAAUAUAUUCAAUGGUGCUACAUCAACACUAGCAAUGAGUUGCAGUUCUACAGAUCUUCUCCCUAAACGAAAUGUGGCAUAUAUUGACUGUGUAGAUGCUGAUGGUGAUGGUUACGAUAUUGCUAGUGCUAUAUCUUGGUUUGCUGAUGACUGUAAAGAUGCUCUCGGUAUGGAUUUCUGGCCAGCAGAAAAUACAUGUUCUGAAUUCGAAAAGGAUUUCAACUUAUUCCCUUUCAUGAAUGAAGUUUGUUUACCAAGAUGCACAUUUGGUGGUCGAAAGACAUCAACUUCAGAGUGCAUUUGCGACAUUGGUUACUGGGGUUCAAGCUGUGAGGCAAUAUGUCCUGGUGGGGCUUCGAUACCAUGUAGUGGUUAUGGCACAUGUAAUCAGACUACCGGAAAAUGUAACUGUCCAUUGAACAGAAAAAUGGCCGAUGAUUGUAGUAUGUGCUCUAAUGAAUGGCAUGGACAGAAUUGCACUGUUGCAGCAAACAUUAAAAGAUCUUUUCAAAACAAGUACAUUGCUAUUGUUGGCCAACUUGGUUCAAUCUACACGUUUGAUGGCUUAAGCUAUGCAGUAAAAUUACAAAGAGAACUUCUGCUGCUAUCUUUAUCAAACAACAUAAUUAUUCAAGGAAAGUUUGUGACUUGCUACCAAAAUUAUUCUUGUAUAACAUUUAUAGGUGCACGAAUUGGGGAUAGUCUAAAUGGGUUUACGAACAUAACUGUUCAAUCCAGUAAAGAGUACAAUUCAAAACCACUCAUUUAUAUAAAUGGAAUAUCAAAUUCGUUAGAUAAAACUGUAUUUUUCAGUGGGUUUAAUGUAUACAGGUCAAGCUUCUUUGCUGCAAGAAUUGAUGUUAAGGAUAUAGUCAACUUCACGAUUAGAACUGACGGUCAAUUUCUUCAUCUUGAUAUAGAUUUGGAAAAACCCUUAAUAAAUCAGACGUCAGGGUUAUUGAGUGGUGCUGCAAUGGAUGCUCCAAUAGAAAAACUGAAACACUUGAGUGCAAUAUCAUUACCAGAACUAUCCAUUUGUAACAGUCCAGCUUCAGUUCAAACUGCAUUAGCUUUAGAAAGCUCUAUAACGAUGGUUUUGGAUCCAUAUACACAAACAUACGUAAAUGAUUCCAUAUUCAGCAUUUCCAGAUUUUCUGUCUCGAACUGUGACAAUGUAAUUCAUUACCCUAGUAGUGAGUAUAGAUACCAGACUCAAGGUGGAUAUGGUUUAAGCUUUACGAAAACAAGCUUACAUCAUAAAUUUAGUAUAAACACCAGUUCUGUAUCAGCGCUAACAUUUGAAGUCUUAGUUAAACAGAAUAUGGCCAAUGACAGUGGUGUUUUGUUUUCAUUUACUGGAGACAUAUCUUUGGUUAUACUAAGCGGCAAGUCAUCACUUGAAGUACACACAUACACAAAAGAUAAAACCGUUUUUGAUACUAAUCUCUCUCUUGAUCAAAGUCACUGGAACAAAGUUAUUUUAACUUAUGAUAGCAGCAACGGCAUCACGUCAUUGUUUGUGAUUGACACAAAUUCAGCAGUUUCAACUUCUGGUCAAUUUCAACUUCCAUUAGGAAUUUUCAACAAUACAGGUGUACUUACUGUUGGGAACUGGUAUCCCCCGUCUGAUGGCACUAUGUAUCAGCUUCCAAAAGGAUUUAAUGGCAACAUUGAAAAUUUUAUGAUAUGGAAUAUUAUGGUACUGCCAAAUGAAAUAAGUCAGCUUUGGAAAAUGGAUCCGGCAGUUCCGGCUGAAAGUCUUAUAUUUUCCCUUCAAUUUAAUGAAGGCGACGGAACUCUGACCAAAGAUAAUAUAGCUAAUACAGACAUUGUAUUUCCAGACUUUCCAUGGAAAGCUCCUGAUUGGUUUGUUUCUGAUCUUAACUAUACAGGUAGCUACUUCCCUGAUUUUGCUUUCACUUACUUUACCAAUAAAUCAUUUGAAACUGAAGCGGAAAAACUUUGUUUGGCAUAUAUUUAUAAUACUGAUUGUCCAGGUAUAAGUAACAGCACAAAAGAAUUCUUUUACAUUAUAUGCCGGCAAGCAAUGGCUGCAGCAAAUCUGAAGGAAUCGGGAAUUAGUGUAAUUUUAGACUAUCUACGUAUAUGUAUUGUGGAACAUGGAGUGACUAGCACAUUUGUCAACUCUAUUUGUGAAGAUACAAGUUACGGAGACUAUAUACCAGCUUGCAUUAAUGAUAAUUGUGUUUAUGGAUUCCAACAAGCUAACGACUCAUGUGCCUGUUUUAAAGGCUACUAUGGAACAUCUUGUAAUAUGGUCUGUCCGGGAGGUUCAGAUACUCCGUGCAGUAACCACGGGACAUGUCUAUUGAAUGGAACUUGCCAAUGUUUAUGGAACUGGAAUGGGAAUAACGAAUGUUCUUCUUGCACAUCAGAUGGUACUGGUUCAAUGAUAGGCCCAGAAUGCACUAUUUUACAAACUGCGUCACUUUCUUCUCAGUCUUCAAUAAUAGCAGCUGUAUCUAGCAAUGGCUAUUAUAUGACAUUUAAUGGCCAGCAAAUAUCAUUCAUUGGAGAAACUGGAGCAUUUAUGUUGUUUGAAUCUUCUAUCUUAGGUGUGGAGGUCCAUGUGUACCAAGUAUCUUGUAAUUACGGUUCGUGUAUUGCGGCAAUAUCUGUAUCUUCAUCUACAAACAAGGCAGUAAUAACAACACCAAGACAAGAUCAUGUCCCAUUGUUUUACCUUGACGGAAAGCCAAAAAAGUUAGAGCAAAUCAUUAAUGUAUUUGGUGCUAUGACAGUUAUACAUGGUUCACUUAAUGAAAUAAGCAUUAAAAUUACAAGCAUCGGAAGUAUAACAGUAACGGUAAUAGUUCAAAAUGAGUUUCUUCAAGCAUCUGUCAUAACUGAUUCUACUGUUUGUCAAACAGGAACUGGUAUUUUUGGAACAUGCGGCAGUAAUGGUAAAAACUAUAUUUCUUUGACACAAGCGGAGAUUACACAAUAUGUUACAACAAACUUCAGACUCUUUACUAGUAUAAUCUUUGAAGCACUCAAUAUUCCGAGCGUGAAUAGUAGUUAUGGAUCAAGUUACGCUCUAAAAUUCAACAAUACUGCAGUUUUAUCUAGGCCAAUAGUGUACCAAAGUGAGUAUGUAUCAACAAGUCAUGACAUUAGUAUAUCAGUGUAUUUCAAACCAUUGGAAUAUGGAGGAUGCGUUAUUUCAUAUGCUAAAAAUGUUUCAUUUGCUAUUUUGAACUCAAAUCCGAUGGAACUACAAUAUGGAACAUCUUCCGUGCACCUUUCAAUUUCUGCUGAGCUAAACAUUUGGAAUCAACUCGUGUUAACCUUUAGACGUAGCUCUAAGAAGAUUGACGUGUACCACUUUGGAAAAGAUGUAACAAUAACGCAUGAAAUAGUCGAUUUUGACAGUCCAGAAACCUUUGAGAUAGGAGGUGUUGUAAUGUUAGGUGCAUAUUUGCCAUCUAUCCAAGGAGAUGAAUAUACAUACAACUCGGACGUGUUUAUUGGAUACAUUGAUGAAUUCACAGUAUGGAAGGAUUCUAUUCCUGACUUUCUAAUCUAUCAAGCGCAUCUCCUGAAUACUAAAGCUUCCAACUUUGUCUCAAAAUUAUCGAUUUUGCUUUCAUUUUCUGAAGGAGUCGGCACUGUAGCAUUUGAUGAAGUAAACGGAAAUAACUUAAAGCUACCGAGUUAUCCAUGGCAAGCACCAACAUGGACAUUUUCAGAUCUUAAACUCGAAGUUUUACAUACAGUUAUAAAGGAAGGGGAUGAUCUUCAAGUUGAGUCAUCUGUCAACAAUGCAUGUUUAUCAUUCUUUGAGUCAUCAAUAAUACAACAAGAAUGUAGCGGUGUUUCAGACUUUACAAAAAUGUGGUACAAAGAGACGUGCAAGAUAACGGCUUCUAAAACAGGACACUUAUCUGACACUGCUAUUUCAAUGGUAGAUUUUGUCUCGGUAUGUAAAGUGACUGGUGGUAAUGCAACACAUCUUUAUGAAGGAAUCUGUACACUACAAAUAAACUUUCCAAAAUGGUUAAGUCAGAAAUGCUCUGGUUGUGUCUUUGGAUAUGAAAGCAAUGGCAAAUGUAUAUGUUUUUACGGAUACUAUGGAGUGAAGUGUGACAGUGUGUGCCCCGGCGGCGCUAAAACCCCAUGCAGCGGAAAUGGUGAUUGUGAUAUAAACGGUAAAUGCCAAUGCAAUGGUCACUUUACCGGCUCUAUUUGCAAUAUGUGUGACACUGAUUGGUUUGGUGAAGACUGUAUAAUUUUCAAACAAUCAUCGUAUGACCCCCUUAGAAAAGGAGCGAAUAUACUUGUUGCUCAGGUCAGUCUGAUUGGCCAGCUAACAACAUUUGACGGUGUUAUUCUGGACAUUCCUGUAGCUGGAUAUUACAAUCUUAUUUCCAUCAAUUCAUUAGAUAUUUCAAUUUAUGGAAGAGUUUCUGUCUGCAGUUCAGACUCGGCACUACAACUCUGUCUUUUUGGAAUCAUAAUAGUCCACAACGGUGAAAGCUAUUACAUAAGUUACAAGGCUCACGAAAGUACAAAAAUCGAAAUUAUGGCAUCAGAGUCAACUUUUACAUUAUAUGACACAUUGGUUUUAGGCCAUAUCACUCUUAAACUAGAAUCCAAGACAACUGUUAAAAUUACUAUAGGUAAUUCCAAUACAAUGAUGAGAAUAUCGGUUAUCAAUGAAAGGCUGCUGGCAACAAUAUCCAUUCCAAGAAGAGAGUGGGAUGAGAUGCAGUCAGUAAUAAAUGGAAUUCUUACAUCUUGUAACACUUCUUUAGCAAUUUUAGGACACAAAUGUAAUAUAAGUCGAAACUCGGUUUGUUCCAAUCCAUCACAAACCUUACCAGACGAUUGUGUUAUGCCAUUGAUAUACCAUACUUCUGAGACGUUUUUCAAGAUGUUCGCAUAUUAUGAUUUCACUUUUAUUGCAAAAAUUGAAAGAAUGGUUUUACAAACUUUGAAAUCCAACUGUUUGAUGUAUUCUGGAACAGGUGUAUCGGCCACUGGAAUAACAUUACCAAAGUCUGACUUCACUAUUGAACUGCAUGUUAAACCAACAGUUGUUGGUGGAAUUAUUCUGUCUUAUACAAUUCAAACAGAAUACCUCAUUCUUGUUCAUCAUACAGAAGGGAUUCUUGUUCUUCUCCGUGGAUUGUAUCAUCCGACCGGCAUUGUUCUAGAACUUAAUGACUGGAACCAAAUAAGUCUGGCAUGGAGGGAUGUGUCAAAUAUAUUGGAAGUCUACCAUACAAAUAAUGCAGGAGUAACAUCUGUUAAAGUGCUGUCGGUGUCCAGUAUACAGUUUACAAAUGCCGGGACGUUAACGUUAGGUCAGGUAACUCCUGGUCUGGAUAUAGACAUUGCGAUGGGAGAAUUCAAGGGUGAUAUAGAUGAAGUUCGUAUCUGGUCCAGGCCACACAACCCCACUAUUAUUGUUAGCAACUUCAGAAUGAAAGUCACGUCCGACACAAGUGAUAUUUUAUACAACUGGAAUUUCAAUGAAGGAAUUGGUUUAACGGCAUAUGAAAGCUUGCAGAUUGAUAACAUGGUUGUUAUUGAUACUGUGAAUCCUCCACUUUGGGUAAAGUCCGACCUUGAAUUGUCCGAAAACUUUGACCUUAACAAACAAAAAUUGACAACAAAACUUGCAAUAAAUGAAGAUGAAUUAGCAUUAGCAGAAGAAAAGUGCCAUACUCUAAUGAGUAAUUUUUCCAACUCAAUAAUUGGAUCUACUAUUGAAAUGUUAACAGAGACUUUAGAUGACAUUUGCGUUGAUGAAAUUAUAAGCACUGGCGAUUCAAAACAAGCUGACAACAUUUUGGCUGGAGCGGCAGACUUAGUCAUGGGGGCUGAUAAUUCUUCUUCCAAUCCAAUUAAUAGUAUAUGUAACGUAGUAGAAUCACUCUCUGAGUACAUAGGAGCAAGUGGUAAAACAUGCAAAAAAUGUAUAUUCGGAAGUGUUAAAGAACAGUCAUGCGUUUGCUUAGAUUCUCAUUGGGACCCUGCAUGUACAUCUGUCUGCCCGUUCAGCCAACAAGGAGCUUGCAGCUCAUAUGGGGUAUGUUCCUCCAAUGCUGGUUUCUGUUAUUGCCAUCCUCGACAUUAUUCUAGUUCAGUCACACUGACAGAUGUCUGGAAGAGUUAUGUUUCAUCCCUGAAAUUGAAUAUUUCAGUGGAAUAUACCUGUAACCAAUGCUCGCAGAGCUGGAUAGGAACUGAUUGCCACUUCUCAAACUCGUUGAAAGUUAGUUAUGUUGGCAUUGUGUAUGGAUCAUAUAUAACUACUUUUGAUGGUCUGUCCUUCACACAUAUAGCACCAGGAGUGUAUUUCCUUCUUAAAACAGUUUCCGUCAACAUUCAGUGUUUGUUUUUACCUUGUUAUAGCUCAUACAGAUGUCGCUUUAUGAAAGAAUUAGCUGUCAAUGUGGGAAGCGAAAUACUUGUAAUUCAACACAAUCCUAAAGAAAAUUUAACUGUCACUUUGAACGACCAAAGAUUGUACUUCCCUUCAACAAAAGUUUCGGGGGAAAUUGAAACAGUUUGGACAGAAGACCCAUUCAUAAAAAUAAAGUUUAGAAGUUCGUAUAUUAUUGUGUAUGAUUCAGAAAUUGGUUUAAUUAUAUCGUCUAAAAUUCAUCAAGAUUUGUCUAAGUCAAACAAAGGGCUACUAGGAUCAGCUGAUGGCUCUUGGGAAAAUGACGUUCAGUGUAAAGAUUUAGGAGAUGACAUGACAGGAAAUCGUGCUGGAGAAUGCAUUUUGAAAGAGUUUAUGCCAAGUACUGAGGACAUCAUUAUUACAAAAUCUCAUUUGAACUUCAAAACAUCUUUUUCUGGUGGAUACGCAUUGUCACUGUCAGAUGAACAAUUUUUCCGUGUAAAAGACUUUAUUGUUGAACAAAAUGUGUUAGCAUUUACAGUCAGUUAUUGGAUGAUAUGUACAACUGAUUUCUCAUCUCAAACAAUGAAUUUUACACUAUUUACUGUUGAUGUCGGUUCGACAAAAGUUAUAUUCAGUGUUAUGUCUGGUUAUUUGACGGUUAACUGGACUAAAAACUUCACCACUUCCCUGAAAAUUGAACAAGAUGGCUGGUAUUACUUUGCAUUUACAUGGCGAUCUUCCGAUGGCUCUGCUGUUAUUUAUCUUAUCAGAAAUGGGCUUGUUGAAAAGGAAAUCCUCACACUGAACUCUGGUUAUACCGUGAGCUGGAAGGAAUUUAAAAUGUUCUCAUCUAUUACUACUCGUGUGACGUUAGAUUAUAUUCGUGUUUGGGCUAAGUCAAAAACAGAAAAUGAAAUAAUAACUGAAAUGAAUAUCUACGAAGAGUCAAUAACAUCUGAUAAGACGUUAAUGCUGUUAGUACUGUUCGAUGAGGGAACAGGGGAGUCGUCGUUGGUAACAACAUACCAAACAAACCAUGGAACAAGCUCUGGAUCAGUUAUUGGAACUGUUGAUGGUAUUAUUUCAGGAGCCAUUAAUAAUGAAACAUGGGUUCCGUCUACAAUUCCUGUACCAGCAGUGCACCUACCUAAAACACUGACAACUUACAGUCAUCAUGACAGAAACUACACAACUGCAGCAACUGAUUGUCUUGAUGUACUUAACAACGAAACUUUUGUCGAAAAUUGCAAGGCCAUAGCAAGUGGUGUUGUGGACCAUUUUCUUGAGGCUUGUAUUCGUGAACAUCAACGGGUUGGUGCAAAAGAAGCUGCGAGAAUACUGCAUUAUUCGCUUAUAUACUACUGCGUGACUGUUGUAGGUGUUGACGAUUGUUUGUAUGAUGGGUUUUUCUAUUUCUGUGAUAGAAAAGAAAAAGAUGAUGGUUUUCCUGUAUGGGCUAUUAUACUUAUAAUAUGUGUUGGGGUUUUGAUAAUAUCCAUUAUUGUCGCCUGUUGUUGCUUCUGCAUUUGUAUGAAGAAAAAGAAAAGGAGGAAAAAUAAGGAUAAAGAUCCAAAGUUGAUUGGAAGUCGAAAGUUUAGAAAUGAGCUUUUUAUGCAUUAUGAUAAUGAAGGAUUGCAUGAAACACACGAAACCUCCUUUGGAUGGGAAACCAGUACUCGAAUAGGCCCUCACUUUGCUCAUGAUAACAGGGAUUUGCCUGAUUCCAGUCACCAUAUUCAUAUCAGUAGACGGCCUUCAAUAGACACUGACGAUUUAUUUGAAUCUCCAAUGUUGUUCAUAGGUCAACCACCUUCGGAGACAAUGGAUAAUGAGCAUAAAAACGGGCGCAAUGAAACUUCUACAGAUGAAAAUUUUCAAUUUUCAACCACCCUUAAUAGAUUUCUUGGAAGAAAAUCGGUCGAACCACAUCAAGGGCAUAUUGAACAUAUAGAUGUCGAUCCUAAUAGUAAGACGACAGACGAUGACGAAAAAACUAAUAGAGAUAAGCAUCAAAAGGGUGAUAAACCUGUUGUACCACAUACUGUAAAAGAAAUGUUUCAUAAAACCCUUCAGUCCGACCGACCAUUCUCUCCACAUCCUCCUCCUAAUAGCGACAAUGAACACCCAAAUGGGUCGCGGUUUAAAGAACAUCAUGAUAACCAACACGAAAUUGACGAGCAUUUGAAAUCGCCCCUUAGAACAUUUGGACAACGAGAAAUUACUUCUCCUGCGCAUGCUCCAAACGCACCUACCAGCUUAAGAGGUCGACAUUCACCAGACUUAUUUUCCCGAGAACGUCAGGGUGGAAGCGGAAGUCCACAAAUCACACCAAGACUACGCCGAGGUGAGCAUGGAGUUUCAAGGGAACAUAAUGAAUCACCUAAUAUCCAUUUCUCUCGAAACGUCCAUCCCAAUCCCCUCGACUUUACACAGAUUCAUGAGGACCUGUUCGGAUCAAGAGAUAAACCUCUCCCAUUACUAGAUAGCGACUUCAGCGGGGCAAGCUCAUUAUCUAGUUCAAGGGCGUCAACACCACGGUUAGAUGAUGUAAAGAAGAAGAAAAAGAAACAAAAAAGUCUUCUAACUACAACGGAUUCAAGUUUAACGUCCCCUUGGGAGAAGUACAAGGCAACUCUUCCAUCUCCGCUAAAGAAAAUGAGGGACACUAAAAAGAAAAAGUCUUCAAAAGUUAAACCAAAAAAGGCAGUAGAAGAUCUGCCUCCUAAUGAUAAGGAAGAGCAGACAAGAUUAUAAUGAUAAAGGCCACCUUGUGUACACAAAAUUUGACAUUUGCUGUCGUGACAUUAUGACAUUACGUUUUAAAGAUUUCUUUGUUGAUCAAAUAUAUUAGGACAGUAUUGUAAAAAAAGUGCUUAGAAUAAGUGUUAGUGUCUUAUUAUUG